AUGGAAACAGGGGACGUAUUUGAUGCAGAAGAUUUAAAGGAUAUCGGAAAUACUGCUUUCAAAGAUGGUGAUUUGAAAGGUGCAAUUGAAGCGUAUACAUUAGCAUUAGAAUUAAGCACGGAGAGGAAGCUGACAGCUGCGAUAUAUCGAAAUCGAGGAAUGGUACGAUUGAAAAUGGACGAUUUCGAAGGAUGUGAAAUGGAUACUACUCGAGCAUUGGAGCUUGAUGGUGCUGAUACAAAAGCGCUUUACCGACGAGCUUUGGCUCGUGAAAAAUUGGAAAAUUAUAGCGAUGCGAUAAGGGAUGCGCGAGAAGCACUAAGAAUGGAACCGAAAAAUUGUGCCAUCAUCGAAUUGUUGCAAAGAAUGAUGAAAUUAAAUGUAGAGAAGAAAGAAGCAGCGAUGAGUAUGGAUAAUCGUGUAAACGUUAUGAACCAAAUUGCAUUUGGUGAAGAUAACUCGGAACAGAGAACUACUGCAAUGAACAAUUUAUUGGUGUUAUCUCGAGAAUCUGAAACAGGUGCAUCACGUGUAUGGAAUAAUGGUGAAAUUAUAAAAACGUUAUUAAAAGUAAUUGAUGACAAUUCGAUAAAUGAAGAUGUAGCACUGACAGCAAUCAGAAUUCUUGAUGAACUUGCAAAAAACAGCAAGCGGGCCAUGUAUUUCGUGGAAAAUAUGGGAAUGCGACAGAUAUGUCGGCUGAUGGAAAAACAAGUUUUUCCACUUUAUGUUGAUACAUGUGGAGCAGUAAUUCAACGUUUAUUUAACGCCUUAGCUAACAUGGAUCGCGCAAAGGAAAAAAAACCGGAUCCAGAAGCAUGUGAAAGUAAUAAAGUACAUAUUAUUCGAUUAAUUUUGGAGUUGGAAGAAUUAUUAACCGAUGUAAAUGUAAGUGCAGCAGUACGGAACAUAGCUAUAGAUUUACUUUUGAAAAACCUGAUGCACAUGGAUGGUGGAUUGCCACGAGGCUGGAGUUGGAGAUUUGUCGAGGACAGAGGUCUCCUCAAGUUGCUUCAUGUUUCAACUCAGUUGCCGGAACGGUGUGAAUAUCCUGUUACUUCUGAAACUCGAGAGUACUUGGCAGUUUGCUUAGCACGACUUUACGAUGACAUGGUAUUUGAUACACGGCGGCAAAUUUUCAAAGAAAAAGUAGAUAAAUUUUCAAAUAAUUUAAUGAAUGAAAUUACGAAGCCUGAAGUGAAAGUGAAAUUAGCAUGUAUGUUAAUAACUUUAUUACAGGGUGCAGUUGAUAUUGGCAUAAAUUUAGUAACGAAUGAUCAAAUCACAGCCAUGAUGCUCGAAAUGGCAGGAAGUGAUGAUUUUUUACAACAAAGCGUUGCUGCUGAGCUAAUUGUUCAUGCUGUUAGUAAGCAUGAACGAGCUACCACGAUUUUAAAAUUUGGCAUAUCUGUAUUAAAAAAGCUCUAUGAUUCGGAAGAUCAUGCAGUAAAAGUGAGAGCUUUAAUGGGUUUAUGCAAAUGUGCCUCAGCUGGUGGAGAUGAUGUAGCUCGCCAAACUAUGCAAGAAGGUAGCACGCUAAAACUUGCUCAAACGUGCAAAAAGUUUUUGUUGGAUGUGGAUCGCUAUUCUAUCGAUAUAAGGAGAUUUGCAUGUGAAGGGCUAUCAUAUUUAACGUUGGAUGCUGAUGUGAAGGAAUGGAUCGCUGAAGAUCCUUUGCUCCUUCAAGCUUUGCUUUGUUUGGCUAAGAAUGCUGGUUCGCUUUGUGUGUAUUCUUUGGCUAGUAUUUAUGUGAAUAUGACGAACUCUUAUGAGAAGCCAAAAAUUGACGAAGACCUUGUCAGGUUAGCACAGUUUGCUAAGCAUCAUGUGCCAGAAACGCAUCCCAAAGAUACUGAUGAUUGUGUGGAGAAACGAAUUCGCUUAUUAGUCAGUGAUGGUGCCACGGCGGCAUGUGUAGCGAUAUCAAAAACAGAAAGCAAGAAUGCACUGGAGUUGUUAGCUCGUGCUUUGUUGGCCUUUACGGAAUUUGCUGAUUUACGAGGACAAAUUUUGAGUGAAGGCGGUGUCAAGCUUUGUUUGACUUUGACGAAGGAAGCAACACCAGAGGGUAAAAUUAAAGCUGCACAUGCGAUAGCAAGACUUGGAUCGCUGGCAGAUCCGUCAAUAGCAUUUCCUGGUCAGCGACCUUAUGAAGUAAUCCGUCCAUUAGUUGAACUUCUUCAUCCAGAUAUUGAAGGAAGACCAAACUACGAUGCGUUAUUAACACUUACCAACUUGGCAAGCAUGAAUGAUUCUGUUCGUCGUCGAAUGAUUAAAGAAAGGGUCAUACCAAAAGCAGAAGAAUAUUGGUUCAUGACCGAUCAUGCUCAACUUCGCGCUGCUGCUGCCGAACUAUUUCUUAAUUUGUUAUUUUGUGAAGAUUUUUUCAAUGAGGUCGUCAAACCUGGCACAGAUAGAUUGAAACUAUGGGUAUUAUACAGCGCGGAAAAAGAUGAACGUUUGGCACUUGCUUCUUCCGCUGGUUUUGCGAUUUUAACAGAGAAUGCAGAAGCAUGCAAGCGAAUUAUUGAUGAGAUGAAAAGUUGGCCUGAAGUUCUGGCUGAUAUUUGCGUAUCUGAGAAUGUUGAAAUCCAACGCCGCGGUUUGAUAGCAAUUGCUAAUAUGGUGCAGUCAUCAGAAAAGGUUGCAAGUGAAAUUAUUGCUACUGAGAUCUUCCGUCUUUUGGUUGCUAUAACAAAACUAAAUGAUAAAGAACGGACAUCGGCUCAAAAAGAAGCUCGUAGAGCAUUAGAUGCAGCUGUAAAAUGGGGUAUCAUUAGCCCAACAGAUCGUGAAAUCUAUGAACAGAAAACUGGUAUUUCUACUAUCCGUGAAGAGUGA